AUGUCGCUGAACGAAUCUCUUCAUCUUGAAUUUGGCAAAAAUGCCACGCUAAAUGAAUCGUUACAGUUUAGUGGUGAUUUCUUGAGUAAUGGUACGUUGAAAAACGCCACCGAGGAGGGCACGCCGGACCAGGCGGCGAUGAGGAUCGUCGUGCCCGCCGCCUUCUCCCUCAUCUGCCUGGUGGGCAUAAGCGGGAACGCGCUGGUGAUCUACCUGGUCUGGCGGCACAAGGAGAUGCGGACGGUGACGAACUUCUACAUCGUGAACCUGGCCGUGACGGACCUGGCCUUUCUCGUCUGCUGCGUGCCCUUCUCAGCAGUCAAGCUCACCAUCGAGUCCUGGACUUUCGGGGAAUUCCUCUGCAAGUCUGUCUUCUACUUCAUGCAGGUUACAGCCCAGGCGACCUGUGUGACUCUGGCAGUUCUGAGUCUGGACCGGUUCUGGGCCAUCGCCAGACAUUUCAAGACACCUUGGUUCCGGACGCCUGUCGGUGUGCUGCUUACCACCACCAUCAUCUGGAUCGGAUCUUUCCUGCUAUCCCUUCCAGUCGCCUUCUUCUUGAAGGUGUUUGAGUGGAAUUGGCACGGCAUCAAGCAGCUAGUCUGUCUGGAUAAAUUUCCCUCAGCGGACCAGUACCAGGGUUACAUCAUCUACACCGUCCUCAUCAGUUACGUCAUCCCCCUAACAACCAGCGUGGCCUGCCAUUGGCUCAUCAUCCGUUACCUAGCAACCAUGUCGGCCAAUACGUCAGUGGCACAGAAACACGUCAUGGCGAGAAAGAAGAAGGUUACUCGCAUGGUGGCAACUGUGGUCAUCCUCUUUGCCGUAUGCUGGGCUCCGAAUCACGCGCUCAAUCUGUGGUUUGCCUUUAGAAGUGAGGGUGAAAUCCCGCAUCCAAUCAUGUGGCUGAAAAUAACCGCCCUCUGCAUGAGUUACGCCAACUCUUCCGUUAACCCCUUUGUCUACGGCAUCAUGGGAGAAAAUUUCAAAAAGGCUUUCGCUAAAUCGUUCCAAAAGGGGGACUCGUCUGGGACGGGUUCUGCCGUUUCUCCAAAGACACCAAAGCUCACAAAGGAAGAGGAGAUCGGCAUGAUAAAGAUUGGGGGUCGUCCUGCCAUUGAAAAUAAAAACACCCCCAUUGAUGCAAGCAGUGAGGUGUACCAAAAUGACGUAAUAAAAAAACUUUAA